CUGAGUCAUCGAUCAGCUCAUUGAUUGAUUUAUUAAUUAUAGAUUUGUUAAUCUGUUAGUUUGUAUUUCUAUUUUUCAGCCCCCACCCCUCAGUGACCAUCUGAUCUCUGUGCGUGACGCCGUCACACCGUGCACCUCCUCCUCCUCCUCCGCUGCUGCUGCUGCUGCUGCUGCUGCGGCCAUUAUUGCUGUAAAGCACCGCGGAACCGCAGCGGGACACCGCGACAUCAGCAGGCCGAGCAGGAGGGCUGGACCGCCGGGGAGGAGCGGAGGAUGAGAGCCGCCGCCGGUACGGAGAGCCGACCGGAGCCGCCGCCGCUCAGUUACCCCGGAGGAGGCGACAUGACUGCGGCAUAAAGAGGCGAGAGGACGCGGCUGCGGCUGUCGCGGCUCACAGGAAGGAUGUCCGGGCCGCCCGCCGGGGCCGGACCGGGACCGGGACCGGAGCUGCCGGACAUGAGCCACCUGACGGAGGAGGAGCGGAGGAUCAUCCUGUCGGUGAUGGAGAGACAGAAGAAGGAGGAGGAGAAGGAGCAGAGCAUGCUCAAGAAGUUGCAUCAGCAGUUUGAGAUGUACAAGGACCAGGUGAAGAAGCUGGGGGAGGAACCUCCGGCAGCUCAGACAGCAAGGGCGGAGUCUCCCACUUGCGGCGUCUGUCGAAAGACCAAGUUUGCUAACGGCUGCGGCCACGCCUGCUGCUACUGUCAGAGCCGCUUCUGUGCCCGCUGCGGGGGCCGCGUCCCCCUGAGGGCCAGUAAGGUGAUGUGGGUUUGUAACGUGUGCAGGAAGAAGCAGGAGAUCCUCACGCGGUCGGGGGAGUUUCACUCCAACAUGUCGCUGCUAUCCAUCGCCCACAGCUCACACGGGGUUCCAUACACACCGACACAGGGGCCGCCAGGGGCCACGGGGCUGCUGAGCAACGGAGCCACUGAGCGGAAGCCGAGCCCCUUGGGGUCGUAUUAUGAUGGUGGGGGGGGCAGGAUGCCUCGCUCGCCCUCUGAUCACGGUCUGGUCCGCCGCACUCGCUCGCCGCACGGCUGCCAUGGUAAUGGGGAGGAGGAGCUGCGGGUCCGAAGGCAACCAAUCAGAGAUGGGCGCGGCCGCUGGCACUCACAGGACCAUCCUCUGGACCUGGUUCAGGAUGAGCGCGAGCGGCGGCGACGGGAGGAGGAGGAGGAAUUUCAGGCUCGUUACCGUAGUGACCCUAACCUGGCUCGUUACCCAGUGAAGCCGCAGCCGAGCGAGGAAGCCAUGAGGAUGUUAGCUCAGGUCGGCAGAGUCCGCCACCAACGGCGUCACAGUGACGCUUCCCUGGAAACCGCCGAGCCCGGCCAUCCGGCCCUGAGACAUACAGCGCUUCGUCAGAAUCGGCUUCAGGGAUUGGUCGGAGGUCAGAGGUCGUUCUCUGUGGACCGGACAGUCAAUCAUGUCAGUCCCACAUCUCCCCGCCGCAGCCCCUUACCUCGGCAGCACCUCGACCCUAGCUCUGCCCUCAAGAGGAAGACGACCAAUGAGAGAGGGUGGAGAAUGGGGAAGAUGCAUGUGAUUGGUAGCUUCAGCAGCUCAGAGGAGGAUCUGGCAAUCACGCCCGACUACAACAGCUGUGACGAGCCUGACAGAGACAUGGACAGCCAAUGGUGGGAUCAUGGUUCCUGGCACGGCGAGCCUGCACCCAUGUCUAUGCAUCCGGUCACCUGGCAACCAUCCAAAGAUGGGGAGCGUCUGAUUGGUCGGAUUCUGCUGAAUAAGAGGAUGAAGGAUGGAACGGUUCCCGCGGAUACAGGAGCACUGCUGGGACUGAAGGUGGUCGGGGGGAAGAUGACGGACUCGGGUCGUCUCUGUGCGUUCAUCACUAAGGUGAAGAGAGGAAGUCUGGCUGACACUGUGGGACACCUGAGGCCAGGUGAUCAGGUUCUAGAGUGGAACGGUCGGGUUCUUCAGGGAGCCACGUUUAAUGAAGUUUACAACAUUAUCCUGGAGUCCAAACCAGAACCGCAGGUGGAGCUGGUGGUGUCCCGCCCACUCGGAGACGUUUCCAGAACAACAGACGGCUCCCACGUCCAGUUGGACUCCAGUUCCAGUUCCUUUGACUCUCAGAAAGUUGGUCCGUCCAUCUCUGUCACGUCUCCCAUGAGCCCCAGCGUUCUCUCCGGACAGGUGUCUACUGGAAACAGGCGUCCUCUGGUUCCAAGAAUUCAGGUGAAGCUGUGGUACGAUAAAGUCGGUCAUCAGCUGAUUGUCACGGUUCUCGGAGCCAAAGAACUUCCUGUCAGAGACGACGGCCGACCGAGGAACCCUUACGUUAAGAUCUACUUCCUGCCGGACAGAAGUGAUAAGAGUAAGCGCAGAACAAAGACGGUGAAGAAAUCAGUGGAACCUCGGUGGAACCAGACCUUCAUGUACUCUCCAGUCCACCGGCGGGAGUUCAGAGAACGGAUGUUGGAGUUGACGGUUUGGGAUCAGGCACGAGUCCGAGAGGAGGAGAGCCAGUUCCUGGGAGAGGUCCUCAUAGAGCUGGAGUCGGCUCUGCUAGACGAUCAGCCUCACUGGUACAAACUGCAGCUCCAUGACGUUUCCUCGGUGCCGCUUCCCAAUGCCUCCCCCUACCUGCAGAGGAGAGGACUGCAGCCUGAGGACACCCCGCCCAGCAGGAGGCUGCAGAACAAAGGUCCGUACUAUAACUCAGGGUCUCAGAGGAUCAGUGACAGUGAGUUCUCAGACUAUGACUGUGAAGACGGCAUCGGGGUGAUAUCAGAUUACAGACAGAAUGGGCGGGAUUUUCACAGCUCCACCCUCUCAGUGCCAGAGCAAGUCAUGUCGUCCAAUCACUGCUCUCGAUCAGAUGUGGUCAGGAUGAGGUCACGGUCGCCGAGCCAACCGCCUCCUCACAGGUUCAGCCGGGGGAUGGACCGGCGGGAUUACUACAGUCGUUCUCGCUCGGCUGACCAGCGAGCGAUGGCUGACCGACCCGUCUACGCACGCUCCCACUCCACCGACAGAGCUGACUCCGCCCACUUUAGGUCCAGACGCUCCGCCCCCCCCUCACCUGCCCUGACCAGGGCGAACCCACGAGGCGGAUCCGCCCAGACGAGUCCAACGGGAACGCCAGUCUGCAGCCGCCGAGGACGCCAGCUGCCCAUCGUCCCGCCCAAAGGAGCACCGGAGAGAAUUUUGGCCACACUCACCACAGGACCACCGAUUACAGCUGCAGCCCCUCCCACUCCGCAUCAUCAGGCCCCACCCCCUGUUCACAAACAAACCCCUCCCCCUGGCAAUCAUCAGCCACCUCCUCUUAUACGAAUCCAAGCCCCACCUCCUCCUGGAACCACUCAACCCCAGCCACCACCUGCCCUUGCCCCGGCCCCUGCACAGGCUCCUGCCCCUGCACAGACUCCUGCCCCUGCACAGGCUCCUGCCCCUGCACAGGCUCCUGCCCCUGCACAGACUCCUGCCCCUGCACCUGCCCCUGCACCAGCUCUUGCCCCUGUCCCUGCCCCUGCCCGGGCUCCUGCCCCUGCCCCUGUACCGACUCCUGCACCGACUCCUGCCCCUGCACCUGCCCCUGCACCAGCUCUUGCCCCUGCUCUUGCCCCUGCACCUGCUCCUGCUCCUGCCCCUUCCCCUUCUGUAGUCCAAUCAGUGCCACCUCCUGGACCUGCUCUUCCCACUCCACCUGCUCCAACACCUGCCCCAACACCGACCCCUACACCCUCACCUGCCCCCUCACCUGUCCCGCCCCCACUGACUCCAGGUGUGAUGAAGGAUCCGUCAAAGAUGAGGGACAGUCUGUCCUUUAAGUCAUCAGACAGUGAUGUCAGCGACGUGUCGGCCAUGUCCAGCGACACUCGAUCUGUCCCCAAGAUCAGUCAGGCGGAGGCUCUGGAGGGCCAAUCAGUGGAGUCGGGGGCGGGGUCAGAGGGAACACAGGAAGCAGGGGGGGCAGCAGAGGGCGGAGCUACACUGCAGAAGUGUGAAUCAAUGGAGGAAGCAGAGGAGGAGCCUGAGCCUGCAAAGCCGGCACCCGGAGCUCCGCUUCAGAAGUCAUCGAGCGUUGGUGGAGAGAUUUGUUCGCUCGGGAGAAAUGACGACGAUGACGACGACAAGAAGCGGCGCUCAAGUUUCGGAGCAAAGAUGAUGGGAAUGGUGGGACUGGGGAAGAAGAGUCAGAGCGCCUCCCAGCUCAACCCCGAGGAGGAAGAGAAGAAGAAGAAGGUGGUGAGACUUCCUGUCCAGAGGAGUGUAGAGACAGGAUUGGCCAUCGAGUUUAAAUCUCGUUUCACCCGACAGCCAAGCCGCGACCCCGACGCUGAGGACCCUAAACCUGGAGCUCUGAUAUUUCCCGGAGUAAAGUUGGCGUCAGACAAACAGUUCACUGGCUUCCUGGAGGGAUUAGGCCCCGCCCAGCUGGCUGGACGGCAGACUCUGGCCACGCCUCCUAUGGGUGACAUCCAGAUCGGGAUGGUGUACAGGAAGGAGCGUCUGGACGUGGAGGUGAUCCGAGCUCGGGGACUUGUGGGUAAACAAGGCAACAAAAACACUCCAGCUCCCUAUGUGAAGGUGUACCUGAUGGAUAACGGGAAGUGUGUGUUGAAGAGAAGAACUCGUCUGGCCAGAAAAACACUCGACCCUCUUUAUCAGCAGCAGCUGCAGUUUGAAGAAAACCCUGAAGGCAAAGUUCUGCAGAUCAUCGUUUGGGGCGACUAUGGUCGGAUGGAUCAUAAAUCUUUUAUGGGAGCUGCUCAGAUCUUAUUGGACGAUCUCGACCUGUCCAACAUGGUGAUUGGCUGGUUCAAACUGUUUCCUGCCACCUCAUUGGUGGAUGCCGCCUUGGCACCGCUGACCAACAAGGAGACCGAGGGCUCCAAGUCGUAAUGUCAGGUGGUGGGACCAACUGUAUCGCCAUAGCAACAGGUCAGGAGGGGGCAGGAGGGGGACACGCUGUCACCGGGCGGAGCCUUUAAAAAAUAAAAUUAAAAAAAAGUUCCAUAAUCCUCCUCUGCCGCUGCAUGCUGCAUGAUGACAUCACAACGAUGAUGUAACAGCGUCACAAUGAUGUCACCGGGAGGAGGAAGGAGACUCCGCGCCCCCGACUCUGUAAAAGGGAAAUGCCCCCCCCCCACCCCCACAGAUGAGGAUGGGCCCACAGAGCAAAGGACGCUGGGAAAAGAAAAGACAGGAGGGGCCGUGCGAUCUGCAGCUGCUGGCCAAUCACAGCAGCUCCUCAGGAGUCCUGUGACUCUUAGUGGCAUGUCCAGGAACCAUAGACUGUCACCUGAUCGUUUCCAUGGAGACACAGAACAUGGUUCUUUAUGUUUUUGCAUGGAACGACAUUAGAACAUAAAAAAACAUCAACUGUGAAAAAAAGUUAUGGAACAUGAAAUAAAAAGAUUCUCUCUGAAA